ACCACAGGUUGGUAGGCGCCGUCUUCCUUCUGCUCCAUCUCGCUGCAGAUCCCCACGAUCUCUGUGAUCAUGUUGAGGAUGGCGUCCGUCGUGCUGCUCAGGCCUUCCUCUGGCUCAGACAGGAAGCUGGUACUGCAGGCGAUGGACGGCGAGAGUGAGUCAGAGUCGCUGAAGUCGGAGAAGAAAUCCGAGUCAGAGGCCUCAGUUCCCGGGGAAACAACUGGCGAGGCAGAGUGUGUUAGUGUUAUGUAACAGAACCAUGAUGUGAACGAUGAAGAUGCCGCGACUGCUCUCACCUGCCAGGUCCGACUCAACACUGUCCGCCCAGGUGCUGCACGCGUCCUCCAAAUCGGACAGGAAGGUGAGGUGGUGCUCGGCAAGCAUGACGGGAAUUCCACUUAAAGGUCUUCGGGUAGGAUUCUUCAGCCGGGCUCCGUUGAUCCGCUCGCUGAUGGUGAGGAUGCCGAGCUCCUCCACUCACCGGCCGUUUUAUACUCUCGGUCUCCUUGGCAACGCGAGCGCCUCUUCAUUGGUGAAGAGCGGUGUGAGGGAUUCCCCCCACCAUACGCGUUGAGGAUGCCCAAACAUGGCCGACUUCCUGUGGUGACAGCGGGCAUCCCCGCGCCAUAAAAGGAGCGGUGGGCUUUCCUCACUGCAGCAGUGCAUGUGACCCCCACUGCGGAUACAUACACUAUGUGUGUGUGUGUGUGUGUGUGAAACCCGUUGCCAUGCCAACGCCUGUUAGGAUGAACAUGUGCAUCAUGUCCGCGCACUGGACUCCACUGUCUGCGAUGCAGUGCUGCAGAGAUGUUGUUUCCAUAGUGACAUACCAGAACGUCCAACAUGUCCAAAAUGUCAAACGUGUUGCCAUGGCGACUCUAUGACUUGCCCAAUCAUCGACACCAUCUGUGGCUUUCUUAAGGUUGCCGUGACAACCUGAUAACGGCGAGGUCAGCUGACGCUGAUAAACACACACACGCCGGCAACAACAACAACAUGGACAUGACCUCUGACAAGGUCACUCCAGGCGUCAGACUUUAAAAGCCGAGCUGCGACGCCAACAUCCCAUCAUCGUAGUCAUGUUGUCCUCCAUAUUGGUCGGGAGUGUCUCUCCACUCCUUCUUGUGCUGCUCGUCGUCGCUACCAUCACCACCGUGGUUCUGCUGGUGCCCGCUGGCAGGACGACCAUCCCUGGCCUGCCACGCCUCCCCAUCCUGGGCAGCCUCCCCUGGAUAGGAGGCACCACGGCCCCACACCUACUCUUUAUGCAAUUGGGCCACAGGUAUGGGCCGUUGUUUGAGCUCUACCUUGGGCCGCACCGCACAGUGGUGGUCAACUCGCACGUCCACGCCAAAGAAGUUCUGGUGCAGCGAGGACGAGACUUUGCGGGCCGUCCCAGAAUGGUGAACGCACUUCCUGUUUGCCACAUUUUAUUCAUUUUCAAGCGCCAUUUUCAAGCUAAGUGUGGGAGCAUGUCUCCGCAGGUGACCACGGACAUAUUGACCAGAGGUGGCAAAGACAUCGCCUUCGCUGACUACUCUUUGCUUUGGAAGCUUCACCGACGUUUAGUCCACAAUUCCUUGGCUCUGUUUGGAGAAGGAAGCGGUCGCCUGCAGGAGAUCGUUAUGUCUGAGGUGGAAAGUCUGUGCGCGGUAUUGUUGUCUUAUGGUGGGCGUGGCUUCGACCCAUCGGCUGCGGUGACCACGGCCAUCACCAACGUGGUGUGCACGCUAGUGUUCAGUACCACCUAUCGCCACGGCGACCCUGAGCUGCAGGAGGUGAUUCGUUACAAUGACGGCAUCGUGCGCACUAUUGCCAGGGGAGGACUAGCGGACAUCUUUUCCUGGAUGAAGAUGUUCCCCAACUCGUCGCUGAGGGAGUUGGAGGCGUGUGUUGCCAUGCGAGACUGUCUUCUGGUGCGAAAACUGCGGGAACACAAGGCGGCGCUGAAUGACGGUGAGCCUCGAGACCUCCUGGAUGCCUUGCUGAAGGGUCAAAGUUCACCCGGCCCAAAUGGGGAAGCGAUCACGGAUGACCACGUGUUAAUGACGGCGGCAGAGGCCUUCGGCGCCGGUGUGGAGACUACAUCCACCACCCUGUUGUGGAUCCUGGCGUACCUGCUGCACCACCCUGAGGUCCAGGAGCGUGUGCAGAAAGAGCUGGAUGAGCAGGUGGGAGGCGAGCGGCCAGUGUGUGCGAUGGACCGUGGUCGGCUGCCAUAUUUGGACAGCAUCAUCAACGAGGGAAUGCGGAUCCGGCCUGUAAGCCCAGUGCUGAUACCACACAGUGCCAUGACGGAGAGCAGCAUCGGCGGGCACACUAUCCAUCGUGGGACACGCGUGUUGGUCAACAUGUGGUCCAUCCAUCACGACCCGCAGUUCUGGCACCGACCCGACUUAUUCGAUCCAGAUCGUUUCCUUGACAACCAGGGCCGACGGGUCACACCUUCCUGUUUCCUGCCAUUUGGGGCGGGACCUCGUGUCUGUGUGGGUGAACCAUUGGCCAGGCUGGAGCUGUUCCUCUUCCUGUCCUCGAUGCUCCAGCGAAUGAGCUUCACGCUUCCGCACGGGGCUUCCCCUCCCAACCUGCAGGGACGUCUGGGCGUAGUCUUGCAACCGCUACCUUAUAAGGUCGUUGUCAGGCCCAGGAAGGGCUGGGAAGUUUGCAGUGAUGCUAACUAAGCCAGAGAAGACUCUUGUGAUGAGAUGAAGGAACCUACACUUCAAGCUAACCACACGCUAAUGUUCUGACAGCCAUCAAUA